AUGUAUGCCUUUCUAAAAUUUAGAGCGGCGAAAGCCUCUAAUUUGUGGAACCGCAUAGCUGAACCGUUCCAAACCAAAGCAGUGUGUUCACGCACACUUUAUACUGGUAAAGUUUCGGCGUUGGGAAGGACUGGUCUCGCUUCCGCGACCAAACCUCAAGCUCACCGUGAAUGGUCUAGCUUCCGCCAAAAUGGACGCCUAAUCCCAUCAGGUAACGUGACCGACAACAGGUAUCGUUACGAUGUUGCAACUUUGACGAAAUUGCCAAAUUCGUACACCGAUGAUAUUAACAACGUUGGUGUAUCCAAAGCCUUCGGAUCUGCGCCGCUGUUGACUCAUUAUGUAGAGCCAUUCUCCGUAAUGCAGUUCGCAACAAAAUAUGUCUUGAGUUAUCGGUUUUUCUUCAUUUAUAUGGCGCGGACCACAUUCCAGGUAUUUCACUCAUGA